AUGGCGUCCGACCCCCACGAGCAUGACUCAUCGAGCGACUUUUUUGGUGACGACUGGGCCGCCGAGGCGCUGACUCAGCUGGCGGGCACCUCGGGCCAGGCGGCGGCCGCGCGGCAGCUGCUUGUGCAGCAGCUGCUGCCCGGCGCGGGCGCGGCCUACGGGGCAGUUGGUGCGGCGGCGGGCGCGUGCGCAGAGCACACGCAGCACCUGCCUCGGUCGGUCGGCCUGCCGACCGCGAUCGAGCACUCCGCCUGGCUGCUGCCCGCCAGCGCCGCGGCGCAGCCGCCGCCGCGUCCGGCCGGCGCCGCCGCCGCCGCCGCGCGCCAGCAGCAGCCGUCGCAGGCGCAGUCCCCGCCGGCGGCUGCGCAGCCGCUGGCGCGCGGCGGGGACGUGGAGGGCGCGGUCGCGCGCGUCCUGCGGGAGGUGCUGCCUCAGAUGCUGUCGGGCUUGGCCCAGCAAGUGGCCCGCGCAGUAACCUCGGACGGCGGCGCCGUCUCUGGCGCCGGCGAGCGGCAGCAGCAGCAGCAGCAGCAGCAGUCGCUCGGCGCGGCGGUGGAGGGGCUCGUUUCGGAGCUGCGGCAGAGCCUGCAGCGGGUGGUGGCGGCGGCCGCGGCGCCCGCCGCGGCCGCGUCCCCGCCCGAUGCGCCGCCGCCGCCGCCGCAGGCGCAGGCGCCAGCGCAGGUGCCGCCGCCGCCGUUGGUGAUGGUGGGGAUACCCAUGCUGCUGCCCGCCCUAGAAGCGGACGCAGCGGCAGAGGCCGCGCCUGGGCCGGACGAGGAGGGCAGCGAGGAGGGGGGCGGGGACCAAGAUGGGAAGCGGGGCGGAAGCGGCGGGGGCGGCGGCGCGGCUGGGGCGCCUGGGGAGGGGCUGGGAGAGAAGCGCGAGCAGGAGGAGGCAGGGGCUGAGGCGCAUCAGGGGGCCUUGCCGUCUGAAGGCGCAGGCGCGUAG